UCCAACAUUUGGUUUCUCAAUAUUAUCCUUCAAAUUUGUUACAAUAUGAAAAGAAAAGAAAGAAAGAAGAAGUUAUUACAAAAUGGGUCAAGCACUCAAUACCGCAAAAGGGAAUGGAGAGGUGAAUGGGAAAGACUUGGAAGCUAUGGCAGAAAAUUGCUACCGUAAACGCCUUGAAGAAAAAAACGAUGAUCAAGAAUGGUCUUUCGGCGACUUCUACUGCAUUGUGGCUGAAGCUGUCCAAGAAAUUAAUAAAAGACUUGGUGGUACCCAACUUAAGGUGCCAAGUGUUGAGAAAUUACGAGGAGCUUAUGAGAGACACAAUCUCGGUGAGGGGAAGAAGCUCUCGAAGGAUGAGUUUCAAAAGCUUCUUCAGGAGGUUUUGAUCGGAGCUGGGUUCACCGGCGUUGGAGGAGUAAAAGAGUUUCUACUCUUCAUCUUCGGAGUUCCUGCAUUCGCCGUUUUCCUCAAGAAUCGCAUAGCUCCGACCUCCAUGCCCAAUGACUUGUUCAUCCCCGCCGUCACCUCCGCCACCGUCUUCCUCCUCGCCAAGCUCAACAAGAUAUGAAUCUAUUUGUUUGAUCUUUUCGAGCUUUGUUUGUUUUCAAAAUUUGUACUGGGGAUAGAUUAUUCGUGUCUGUGAAAUUGAAAUACAUGGAGAAAAAGGAUAAAUGAGAGCUGAAAGUUUCAU